GACAUGAACCCUAAUUACUAAUUACAAUUAUUAAUUCUAUUUCCCCAACUUGCCAAAGCCUAGGGUUCUUCACUCCCCAAAUCUAAUCUCCUCUACUCAUUUCUCACCUAGAUCUCUUCUCCCACAAUAUACACACAACCCCACAUCUAUACUUACAUCACUCACCUCUAUCAACUCUUCUAUUACACACCCCAUUGUUAAAAAUCCCACCUUUUUUCACUCACUGUUCCAUUACAAAAUGGCCAAGAAUCACUCAAAUUUGUAUGUAUAUUCACCAAGAUUCAAGAUUUAGCUCUAGGAGGUGUUUGAUUUAAACCCCAUUUGAUUAAACUUGGAGAUGAAAUACCCCAUGAGGCAUCUCUUGAGUUUCUUGAUUUUUGUUGUUUUGGUGGUGUCUUUGAGCUAUCAGAAUAGUCUUCGGCGAGGUUUUGAGGUUGAUUCCAGCUCACAUUUCGUCGAAAGACCGGUUUUUAAUGCUACCCUUUUGAAGUUGGCUUCUGUUGAUAUGGGGGAGUCUAAGUUGAGUCAAGAAAUUGAGAGCUUGCUGGAGGGGAAUUUUAAAAUGCAGGGUCGACACCGGACUUUUAUGUCGACUGGGAAGCGUCGGAUUGAUGUUCGUGUGAGGUCGGCUAGGGGGGUCCCGGUAAACCUUCGUUCUCCUGAGUUUUAUAGAUUGUGGUUGGAGUUUAGGAAGAAUUUACAGAAAUGGUCGAGGAGGAGGCGGUUUCAGUCUAAUAUGAUGACUAAUUUGGUUGAUUCGUUUAACGGUUUAGUUGAUGUUGGCAAAAAACAUAAGACCUGUGCUGUUGUUGGGAAUAGUGGGAUUUUGUUGAAUCAUGAGUAUGGUAAAUUGAUCGAUAGUCAUGAGCUUGUUAUUAGAUUGAAUAACGCGAGGAUUAGUAAUUUUGAAAGAAAUGUUGGUUUGAAAACGAGCAUUUCUUUUGUGAAUAGUAAUAUACUUCAUUUGUGUGCUCGUAGGGAAAGUUGUUAUUGUCACCCUUAUGGAGAUAAGGUUCCAAUUGUCAUGUAUAUGUGCCAACCCGUUCAUUUUUUUGAUUACGUUUUGUGCAACUCGUCUCAUAAGGCGCCAUUGAUUAUCACUGAUCCUGGCUUUGAUGCGCUGUGUUCUCGGAUUGUAAAGUACUAUUCUCUGAAACGAUUUAUUCAAGUUGCUGCGAAAGAUGUUGGUGAAUGGGGGUCUGCUCAUGACGGAGUUAAUUUUCAUUAUUCUUCGGGUAUGCAAGCCAUUUUGCUUGCUGUGGGGGUUUGUGAAAAAGUCAGUAUCUUUGGGUUUGGGAAGUCAGAUAAAGCUAAGCAUCAUUACCAUACUAAUCAAAAGGCCGAGCUUCAGUUACAUGAUUACGAAGCAGAAUAUGAAUUUUAUCGUGAUUUGGUGCACAAACCAAGGGUCAUUCCGUUUAUCUCAGAUAAGUUCAAGUUUCCUGCUGUUGUUUUGUAUCAAUAACAUUAUGCACUUGUUUAAGGCCUAUUGCUUGUGUAUAAUGGGUAAUUGUCUUAAACAUGUAUGAGUAUACCAUGUGUUGUAACAUAGUGUUUGGCAGAAACAGAUUAGCAAAAUUGCUGUAUACAAAAACUAGCCUCGUCUGUCCAAAGAUUGUAUUUCAAAUGUGAAAAGUUCAAUUCUGAAAUUGCCUUAUUAUAUCUACAUUUAAUUUUUGUAGAA